AUGGUUGUAUGCGCAGCGGCUUGUGGUAAACCCCUCGCAUCGACAGGGGUCGCUAAGUGUUCAUGUGGACAGUCUUAUCAUAAGGCUUGUGUGGGCAUGGGCAUUACCGCUCGUGUCGCCCCCACUUGGCUGUGCCCGACGUGUAAAGCGACCACUGCUCGGCGUGACAACUCUGACAACACGCCGGUGAAAUCGAAUGUUGUCGAUGACGACGAUACGCCGACCGAUCCACAGGCGGAUGUUGCGGAGCAGCUGCGCUUGCUGCGCGCGGACUUUGGUGCUGUGCGCGACGACAUUGCUGGCCUGCGACAAGAGGUGGCGAAAUUGCAUUCUCUCUUCGGUGGCCUCUCUAGCCGUCUUGACGUAUUAGAGGACAAAGUUAGGUGCUUGGAGGAGCGACCGGUGGGCUCCGCUGACAGGGACCCCGAAGGCCAAACGUCGGCAGUACCAGUGGUGGAGCUGCAGCAGACGGUAGCUCGCCUUCAACUGGAGCUAAACGACCGUGACCAGGAUGCGCUGCUCUCUGACCUUGACAUCGGCCACAUCCCUGAGGCAAAGGGUGAAAACGUUGUGCACACGGUCACUGUCCUAGCGGCCAAGUUAGGUAUGACUCUCGACCAGCGCGACGUGGUUUUCGCCGAGCGGGUUGGUGCUGUGGACAGGAGAGGGGAAGGUGUCGACGAUGACGCAGUGGGGCGUCCGCGCCGCGUUGUAGUUAGGCUGUCGCGGCGGCAGUUGCGCGAUGAGUUGCUACAGGCAGCGCGUGUGCGACGAAAUAUCAGCUUCACCGACGGCAACCCGUCGGCUCCUCCCUGUCGUGUCUUCGUUAAUGAGCGCCUUACUCGCACGAACCGCCUUCUGUUUCAUAAGGUUCGAGAGUUAUGUCGGCAGCAGCAGUGGCGAUUCUCGUGGACCAGGCGUGGCCGGAUCUAUGCUCGACAAGGAGAAGGAAAGCCGGCGAUCCAAAUUCGCUCUCAGGAGGACGUAGACCGUGUUUUUAGGACCAGCUCCGUUUGA